AGCUGUAGAGUAACAGCUGAUGUCUCCCCGCAACCCACGUUUUGUUUUGUUCAAAACACGGUGUCAUAGGAACUGUAACCCACUGUAGAGUGUCAGUUUUCUGACAUUGUUAGGGUUAUUAUUGACAGAGUUUACGAUUGUCUUACGCAUUGCGUUAGAAGUACCAGUGGUUACUUGAACCAUGACCGAGCUUAAUGGAUUAUCGAAGUCAUUUGUUGAGCAGCAUAAAGUUCAGCUAGAGACGUCUGGAGUACCACCCCAUUUCUGGCCCACAAUAUUCAAGAAGCUACAAGGACAGUGGGAAAUACUCCAGAGGAAAGCCUUCCAGUAUGGUAUAUUAUGGACGAAUUUGGAUCACGUAUUCAACAUUGUGGAGAACCUAACUUUCGAGUCGUACCAUUUUAUUAUACACCUCAUCACUGCAGUUACUCAUUGCUUUUUCCAGUAGAGGAUGUUGAAGAAGGAGAUGAAGUAACAAGGAACUAUGUUGAAACUCCACCAGUUGAUUCUGAUACCCGAGAUGCUCAGAUGUUGCCUUGGUAUCCCCUUGACCUGACUCAUGUUGAUCCUCAGCAAACGGAACCUACAGAAGAUGCCUUUAUGUCUGGACGUGUAAAUGAAACCUUCCCAGAUCCAGAUAUUGAAGUAGAGGAUUUACCCAAAGACCAACAAUUACGUGUCUUUGCUGACUAUAAGUAUAUUCGAGAAUAUCUCACGGAUCCACGCUUUGUUGUGACGGAUUGCCAAGAUGAAGCUGAUAUUUUGUGGCUCUCUACACACUUUAAAGACUUCAAGGCUUUGCGACAAAAUACUCCUCAUCGCAGAAUCAACCAGUUUCCCUGUGAACAUGUGCUAACAGUGAAAGAUCUUCUGGCAAUUAUAUGUCGUCGUCCAUGCAAGCAAGAUAAUAAGCAAGGAGAGACUGAAAUUGAAAACCCCUCGUGGUUUCCUGUGACUUACUGUCUGAAAAGAGAAUUGGCAAAAUUUGUUUCAUAUUUUCAGAGGAGAGAAAAAAGGGGUGAAGAUAAUCACUGGAUAGUGAAGCCUUGGAACCUUGCUCGAGGACUUGAUCACACAAUUACUAACAGUUUGAAUCACAUUCUACGUUUGCCAAGUACUGGACCCAAGAUUGCUCAGAAGUAUAUAUCAGAUCCUGUCCUAUUCCAUCGUGAUGACAUUAAUGCUGAUGUGAAGUUUGAUGUGCGUUACAUUGUUAUGUUGCUCAGUGUCCAACCCCUCAAGGUUGCUGUUUAUAGGAGGUUUUGGAUCCGAUUUGCCAAUGAACCGUUUGAUUUAACACAGCUUCAGAAUUCUGAGAAACACUUUACUGUGAAUAACUACAAUAGCUCAUUUCUCUUGCAGGUUGGUGCAGGGAAAUUUCUCCAUGAUUGUUUCUUUGAGAUUAGACACAUCCUUCGUCCAGCUAAUCUGAUGUACUGUCAUGAUUUUAUAGAAAAAUUUAAUAGCCAGUUUCCUGAUAAUAAGUGGGACAGCAUAGAAACAAAAAUCUACGAUAUGUUCUUUGAGGUGUUUAAGGCUGCUACAUCUCAAGACGCGCCUAGAGGGAUACCUCAUAAUACUCAGUGCAAAGGGUGUUUUGGAUUUGACAUCAUGAUAAAAUGGUCUGAAGGAGAAAACCGGACCAUGGAACCUCAGUUAUUGGAAGCUAAUUUCAACUCUGAUUGUAAGCGAGCUUGUGAAUAUUACCCUGAAUUCUUCAAUGAUAUAUUUUCUGUUAUGUUUUUAGAUGAACUGGAUGGGCAUAAUGUGACUGUUCUUCAAGAAAACUAAUGGUGUUAUCUAAAUUGACAUUGACCUGUAUAAAUUAAGUGUUUAUACUAAUUUGUUGGUUUUUAAUGAUUUUGAUAUUUUACUUUUUUUAGUUUUGGCAUUGUUAAUUUUUAAGAAAAUAAAACUGUGAUGUUGCA